CCAGCGACGAAUGAUAAAAACUAAAGCUACUAGACCGUAUAUGUCGACGUCAAACUUUUAUCAUAGAAGAGUAUCUUGAAUAAAAUCCUAACAUUCUCGUUCUGAUUUGCCAAGCUCCUCCUGAAGGUUCUCGCUGCAGCAAAAGCAAAAUAAAAGCAAGAUGUCCCCGCUUAUUGGCGAAGAUCAAGCCGAUUUCGCCGCCUAUCAACUGCAGAAAUGUCUGGGUCUGGAAGAUUGCCAGGUUUGUCAUGCAUAUUUUGAAUGAUCCACGAUGUCUGUGAUGCAUGCCCUAGCGUCACAGAUUUUUAGAGAGCUUUUCGAUCAUGUCUCUACCGCAUGAGAAAUACCCUUUCCGCCUAGCACAAACUGGAGUCCUCUUGCUGGUCAUGCAACACAAAUUUUUUGAGAAUCCAGAGGCAGCAUUACAAGUUUAGAAUCUUACAGACGCAGACAGUUUUGCAAUCCAUGCCGCCAAGCUCGGCACCAUGGACGCUCGCGUCAAGGAUUUUUCGACGCUGUCCAAUGCGAGCGAGAUCACCGCGAGCUUCAUGGAGCUAAACCGCACCGUCGAUUAUCAAAUGCAAAUACGUCUGGGUCUGGAAGAAUGUAACUUGUCAUGCUAAAUCUGAAGCAUGCAAAAAUCUGUGUUGCAUGAUUACCAAAAGAAAAAGUCGCCCAGUUUUGACCAAGUCGGGAGGGAGUUUCUCAUGCAGGAUAGGCAUGAGAGAGAUCGGUCGCACAGAAUCUGUCAUGCUAGGUCCUGCAUUCCAGACCUCAUGGGUCAUGGAAAAGCUGCAUGACAAAUCGCGCACUCUUCCAGACCCAGACACUUUUGCGUCUGAUAUCGAUUUUGACAACACAAAACUCUUCGGUUCCGUCACCUACACGAUUCCGGCAAAAUCCGUCCUCAAGCUCGACGAGUCCUAUCAAAUGUAAAAAUGUCUGGGUCUGGAAGAAUGCACGUUUGUCAUGCUUGUCUGGCAUCACUCUUAAAUCUGUCAUGCACGUUACUCAAGAGCUCCAUUUUUCUGUGAUGCAGAGACGCAGUUUGUCAUGCAGAAUAGGCAACACCUAGAGGCUCAGAAACUUGUGAUGCUGAGCCAGCAUUUGUGGCCUCAUCAUGAGACGCCACCCAGCAUCAGAAGUUUCCAGACCCUGACACUUUUGCAUUUGAUAUGGCCCUCCAACGCGGACCUGGACAGGAUACACGCAGCUCCGGGCCAGUUUGAACCGGCGCUGGAAGUAUUUUCCGACGACGCUGAAGCUGAUGCAAGACCAUGAACGCCGCGGCUGUGUGAAGUAGAUGAAAUAAAUGCGCAGUCAGUGGCAUCUGAAACUGGGUUCUUACCUCCCACAUCUAGCAGUGACGAGUUCUUACCCUGAGCAUGGACGAUCUGAGUUCUUAGUUACCCACACCUAGUGAUGAGAAAGUGAAAGCAAAGAAUUCAGGAAUGAAGAUGAACAACAAUUAGUUUACCAAUUAUGCCAUCGAACUUGAACUGCCACACCUAGUGAAGAUCAUGACGAUGUUGAGGUGCUUGUGCCGUCGAUUGGCACUUUUCACAACAGAGAGCAGGCAGUUACGGAGCCGCUUCGGCUUUCACAGUGUGAUCGGCCGCUCAAAACGAGCAGAGCAGCACAAAUUCUGUUUAUUACCAUCCUCGUGAGCGGGUGUCGUGCUGAGCAGAUGCUGCAGCGCCCGUUCGAUGUUGUGAAACGAUGAAGAUGAAGGUGUGUUUUAUGCCAACUGCCAUGUGAAGAUCACGUUUACGACAAGAAGACAGACUUUUUAUUUUGCCGAAAAACUAGGGAGAGAUAGAGAACAAUUUUUGAAGAAGAUUUUGCAACGACGAGCGACCAGCACAAUUGUGAAGAAAAUGAAGGAACCCUCAGUAAUGAGCAAGCUUUUUCUUCAAACCAGCGACGAAUGAUGGAAAUUCCUUCUAGACUGCAUACGUAAAAAUCAGAGAAACGUUUAUCAUAGAAGAGUAUCAACGAAAUCAGAAUCAUUUUGGCAUUCUCAUUCUGACCGGCCAAGCUCCUGAACGUUCUCGCUGCAAAAAAGCAAGAUGUCCCCGCUUAUCGGCGAAGAUCAAGCCGAUUUCGCCGCCUAUCAACUGCAGAAAUGUCUGCGUCUGGAAGAUUGCCAGGUUUGUCAUGCAUAUUUUGAAUGAUCCACGAUGUCUGUGAUGCAUGCCCUAGCAUCACAGAUUUUUAGAGAGCUUCUCGAUGCCUCUACCGCAUGAGAAAUACCCUUUCCGCCUAGCACAAUAAACUGGAGUCCUCUUGCUGGUCAUGCAACACAAAUUUUUUUAGAAUCCAGAGACAGCAUUACAAGUUUAGAAUCUUACAGACCCAGACAUUUUUGCAAUCCACGCCGCCAAGCUCGGCACCAUGGACGCUCGCGUCAAGGAUUUUUCGACGCUGUCCAAUGCGAGCGAGAUUUAUCGUAGGUAAAAACGCUCCCACCCCAGAGCCAAGAAGGGACUUUUGCUACACAAAUCAGCAAGUUCUGGAGGUUGCGCAUGACAAGUUUGGGACUUUAGUGUAGUGGUCGUAUCUGGGUCUGGCUAGUGAUCCCGCAUCACAAACCCGGCUCCCUAUCCUGAUUAGAGCAUGACAAAGUAUUACUGAGACAGCAUGAGAAAGAGCUGCUCAUCAUGGGGUUGCGCAUGAGAAGCAUUUUAGUCAUGCGGAUUUGCAUGACAAAGACAACUCUGGGGUCAGGACGUUUUUACUUAGCAGAAGACUACUGCGAGCUUCAUGGAGCUCAACCUCACCGUCGAUUUUGACAACACAAAACUCUUCGGUUCCGUCACCUACACGAUUCCGGCAAAAUCCGUCCUCAAGCUCGACGAGUCUACUUCGGGGGCUAUGCGGCAGUUUGUGCUGGACACAAACGGCGGGAUGAAAAUUCUCGGGGUCAGCUCCGCCCUGUGCACGGCCCAGAGUUGCUCGGUGUUCCGGUCUUCGCCGUAUAGGUUGCUACAGUCCGAGCACAAGGUUUUCGGCAAGUCACUCCAUUGCGCGUUGCCGGAAUCCUCGGCACUCGACAAGCAAACGGUCGCGGAAAAACCGGACUUAGCCGUCAAACUCCGCAUUCGCUACGAGACCGGCGUCGAUGCGAUGAGCACGCAGUGGGUCAUAUCCUGAUUAAAAACGUCCCCACACCAGAGUCAAGAUGGGCAUUUUGCAACACAAACCUAGGAGUUUUGGGAGUCACGCUGACAAGUUUCAGUCCGUAAGGUAGUGCAAGUUAGCAAGGAAAGCCGCAUCGCAAAUCGAUCUGCUAAUCCUGUUUACAGCAUUACAAGUGUCCAAACACGAUUGAAAAUGCCUGUCAUGGGGUUGCGCAUCACAACUGUUCCUGUCAUGGCAAAUCUGGAUGGCAACUCUGGUGUGGGUACGUUUUUACUCAGGAUAGGUCAAGCCCGAAGCGACGACCGGGAAAAAAUACCCCUACCUUUUCACUCAGUGCCAGGCCAUCCACGCGAGAAGUCUACUCCCCGUGCAGGACUGCCCGUCGGCGAAGUGCGCCUAUACCGCCGUGAUCCACUGCCCCGUUUGGGCGCAGGCGCUGAUGUCCGCGGUCUUCAGCAAGGAGCAGUUUUCGAUGGGGAAGACGAGCAGCGGGGAAAGACAGGAGUACAAAUCGUUCAAAUUCGAGCAGAAAAUCCCGGUUCCUAGCUACCUCAUCGCGUUGGUCUGCGGGGACAUUGUGAAAAAACAAAUCUCCCACCGCUGCGACGUCUGGGCGGAGAGGGAGGACAUUGAGAAGGUCGCGUGGGAGUUCGCGGAAACGGAGGAAUUUCUGCAAAUCGCGGAGCAAAUCACGGGGCUAGAGUACCAAUGGGGGAGGUACGACGUGUUGUCGUUACCUCCCAGCUUCCCCUACGGGGGCAUGGAAAACCCGUGUCUGACAUUUGUGACGCCGACCUUGCUCGCGGGCGACCGGUCGUUGGCAGAUGUGGUAGCGCACGAAAUUUCGCACAGCUGGACCGGGAACGUACUUGAUAUUUUUCGAUCUGAGUUUUUCUUUUUCUUUUUCUUUGUCAUGCUCAUGCGUGAUCAUCAUGUGCAGCGAAUGGGAAUAAAGUAUCAUGAUCUCACUUAAUAUCCGCAAUGCAAAUUUCAUCUAAAAAUUUGAUCCUGUCAGGUCGUGACUAACUGUACCUGGGAGCACUUCUGGCUGAACGAAGGGUGGACGGUGUGGCUGGAGCGGAAAAUCAAGCAGGAGUUUGUGUACCAGCAGGCGAAAAAACAACAGCCACCGAUUUCCGACGACGAAGCGAAGAAACUGGCGAAAGAAGCCCAUUCGGUCGCGUCCCAGAACGGGGUGGCGCACUUGAAGGCCUCGGUGGCGCAUUUUGAAUCUAUAAAGCAAUACGUACUGCAAAUAUGAGUCUGAGUCUGGAAAGUAGUUGCGACGAGAUUUGUUAUGCUAGUCUGGCAUGAUGACUCUGAACUCUGUAUUGCGUGGCCGCGAAGAGCUCCUCUUGCCUUUCAUGCAAAAACGCAGUUUAUCAUGCAGAGUACGCAACCUAGAUCUAGAACCACGGAAAAACUUGUCAUGCUGGGCAGCGGAUAAUUACAGUGUGCUCAUUAUUCCCUACCUUGCAUCACAAGUUCCAGACCCAGACAACAUAUUUGCAAUGCAUAAGCAACCGCAGUACACCAAGCUCGUCCCGGACCUGUCCGCGGAGAUAUGCUGUGCAAAAGUAUUGUACUCGUAUAAAUGCAUUACAAACUUUCCCAGCAUGAGAAAUAAAAUUUGUACUGCGGAUUUACCUUAAGAGGAAUAUUUGUAUUGCAGGAACGCCAUUACUACGAGUACGAUACUGUUGCACAGGAUAGGAGAUCGACCCAGACGACGUUUUUUCCGCGGUUCCGUACGUAUGCACUGCAAAAGUAUCAUCGUACUAGUAGAAAUUGCAUUACAAAGUUGCUCAGCUUUACAACUCGAAUUUGUCAACAUGCGGAUUUUUCCUAGGAAAAAAAAUCGUCAUGCGUAUUUGCUGGUGCAAUUUAGGAAAAAAUGAAUGCGACCCGAGUCGUGCCAUACUUUUGCAGUGCAUACUACGAGAAGGGGUGCAAUUUGUUGCACACCAUUGAGCAGAUCGUGGGCGAGGAGAAGUUUCUGAAGGAGAUUGUGAAACCCUACAUACAAACCUUCAAGUUCAAAACCAUCACGGCGAGGGAGUUCCGGGAGUUCGUCUGCGCCCAGUGUCCACAAGUGGCGAACAAUCCAAAGACUCUCGAUUGGGGCAAGUGGUACUUUCAGCCCGGGAUGCCGGACCUGCCCUACCCCUUCGAGUCCGUCUCCAUCCAGGACGCGGAAACGCUCGCGAGCGACUGUAUCAAAGUGAAAAAUGCUCCCGACCCCCAACUUGGUAGCAUUUGUAUUGCAAACCUUUCCAAAUGAAACAUUCGCCCUCUUGCAUCUAUCAGCAUGACAGAUUUCCAAGACAUAGUGAAUAGCAAAAGUUUGUACUGCAAAAGACCCCAGCAAAAGUGGCGCUUGUCAUGCAAGCCAUUCGAUACACGCCUCGACGCUGCAUCAGAAAGAUUCAUACUCCUUUUAUGCAUGGCAAAAAGUUUUCAUUUGGAAACACAAAUUUUUGCAACUUUGGGGGUGGGGGCAUUUUUCACUGUAACAGACUGGCACGAGCUAACUCUAUCUGCCGGCGAGGACGACCACGGCGCGCAGGAGUUGAAGAAGCAUAUGACCUGCUCAAGCGUUACAAUCUCAAACAUUACAAUAGAAUCUGAGACUUGUCUUGCAUGAUACACAUGACAGACUCGGACAGCAUUCCACUUUCUGCAAUACAAAUUUCGCCAGAUAGUAGUGCGGAUUAGGACUCCAGAACUUGUCAUGCGCAAUCCUAUGAGAGCUGGCCAGAUCAUGCGCUCAUGCAUCACAGAUUUCCAUAUUCUAUUGUAACGUUUGAGAUUGUAACACCUGCGCGGGUUAUACAGCAAACAGUCUCCUUAUGGAACUGUCAGGAUCGAAAUUGACAAAAUCGAAAAAUUUGUGAUGCAUAAAAUGCAUGACGCGAAACACGUGUGUUGCAGAGCAGGCAAGUGAGGCCGGUUGUAGGCCUGUUUGGGGUUAUAGCUCGAGCUGCUAAAGCAGCAUGAGAGAAUCAGCCUUCUCUGCCUAAACAGCAUUACAAACUCGAUUUAGGCACUACCAGAAUUUGUCAUGCGCCACUUAGAAACUGGGUUCGAUCUGGAAUCCAUUUUAUGCAUUGCAAAUUUUUCGAUUUUGUCGAUUUCGAUCCUGACACUCCCAUACUCCUUCUGGUCAGUCUGGCGAACCGAACAGAGGUUGGUGUUUUAUGGGACUCUCAAACGUUACAUUCUUAGCUGUUACAUGAAUUUGUCAUGCAAAAAUGCCAUAAGUGUGUACAUUAUCAAGCUGCUUCGCAUGACAAGUUCUUGGCGCGAUAGGUAGCAUUAGAAUCUGCACCAAACCUGUAAUGCAAAAGGCGCAAUAUCCCCCCUUUCACUUUUCCUAGUCUUGCAUUGUAAGUUCAUCUAACAGUUGAGAAUGUAACAUUUGAGAACGCCAUAUGUUUUUUGAAAAGUUGAACCAGUUAGCCUCAGCAGCAACAAACGGAAACCCGUAUAGCGAGUUGUCGAAGUUAGACCUGUAUCAAAUGCAAAAAUGUCUGGGUCGGGAAGGUUGGAACCAACUUGUGAUGCUAACUUUGGACUCUAAAAAAAUCUGUAUUGCAUGACCAGCAAGAGAAGUCUAGUUUGUGCUACGCCGGGAGGCCGUUUGUCAUGCGGAGUAGGCAUCAGGAUCAGGAAGCCCUCUAAAAAUGUGUGAUGCUAGGUCAUGCAUAAUACAGACAUCCUGGGUCAUGCAGAACAUGCGUGACAAGUCUCAGAAUCUUCCACACCCAGACACUUUUACAUUUGAUAACCUGCUCGAAUCGUCCCUGACCGGCUUGGAUACCACGCAGAACUGCGAGCUGCUUUUUCAGUGGUACCAGCUGAAUUUGAAAACACCGCACUGGAAACGGCUUUACGAUAAAGUCGCGAAAAUGCUGACCAGCCAAGGCCGGAUGAAGUACACGCGACCGCUGUACCGAUCCCUGGCGAAGUGCUCGGUCGAAGUAGCGAAUGAGCUGUUUGAGACGCACAAGAACUUUUACCACCCGAUCUGCCAGGCCGUGGUCGCGAAAGACCUGGCGAAUGCUGCUGGGUCAAGAUGAACAGUUGACAAGUUCUUGGGCUCCUUAAGAGCUGCUGAAGUCUGCUCCUGUCGCGCCGUGGUGUGGUGAACGUGUAUGUGAAUGAUGAUCUUAGUUCGUAUGACUUUUUCAAUUUCAAUCAUCAAUCUUCGCGCUUCUGUGUCAAAAGCCGCGAAGUUGAAAACCGAUGAUCGUCACAUAAAUUCGUGGAAGAGAUACGACGCAACUGGGGACACGAUUGCGCUCGUGUCCCGGUGUGACUUUAUUUCGCUACAAGAAAAAUAAACUGGCAGUUGUUGUUUGCAGACACAACAAAACAGAAGGGU